AUUAUCAUAAUAUUUUUAAUUUUUUUAGAAACGAAUAAUAUGUCAUCCACUUUUACCAAAUAAAAAGAUUAUUUACAGGCGUAAAGGUGAAAUAACACGAAGCUAAAAUGCAGUUAAAGUAUUCACAAGAAUCACUACUUGACCAUUUUGCGACAUGUAUUACGAAUAAUCGAAUUCCAUUUUUACUUUCUCGUACACGAAGUAUAGAGAAAGUAUUGUAAUCGUGCAAAAAAAAAUCUUGAUUUUUGCAAAUCUCGACGUUUUACACCUCCCUGAGUCGGAAAACAUAUUGUUGCAAUCUUUUCUGUAUGUCUGUGUUUGUGAGUAUGUAUGUGUGUGUUUUGUGUGUGUGUAUCUGUAAACACGAUAACUUUAGUACCGUUAAAGCUAGGUUGAUGAAAUUUCAUAUAUAAGUAUUGGAUCAAAUUUGUAGAUCUGUAUAACUUUUCAACGAUUUCCGAUAAACGGAAGUAAAACCUUUCUACUUUCAAUUUUUUUUAAACCUAUAAUUUGAGUACUUUUUUCAGAUAGAUAACUGAAAUUGCACAUGUAAGUAAAAUAUCUAAUUCUCUGCCUUCUGACAAAUUUUGAGUAAUUACCUAUUAACCGGAAGUAGUAAUUUACGCCAUUUCCGAUUUCUCAAAAAACGCAUAUGAAUUUAUAAAGUACUAAUAAUAUUCCGCACUAUUAUGACCAGAUUGUUUUGGCGUUCACUUGGUGCGCUAUUAUUUUUUUCUAUGAGAUUCUAUUCUAUUUCAAAAAGGUUAAGUAAAUAAUAAUAAUGGAUUAAAACUAUUCUCUAUUACCCGAGUGACUAUCCCGCGUAGUGUCAUAAAAAUAUUUGAAAAUGUUUAGAGGAAAUCACUCUUGUUUUAUUUAUUUUUUGUAAACAUUUGUUUUUAAAAACAUUUUGUUUUAAAUUAUUUUAAGCGUCGUGUUAUGGGCGAUGUAAACUUCACCAGAGGAUGGGACGACUACAAACAUGGGUUUGGAUCAACGGCAGGAGAUUUUUGGCUUGGAAAUGACUGGAUUUCCUGGCUUACACAUGUGGGUUACACUGACUUAAGAAUUGAUCUGACUAUUGAAAGUACAAAUUAUUAUGCAGUGUACAACAAUUUCAAAGUUGACGACGAAUCCUCAAAGUAUUUUAUGACGUUUUUGAAAUAUGAAGGUAACACAAAAGACCAACUAAGUCCCCACAAAAAUAUGAAGUUCUCCACAACAGACAACGAUAACGAUGCCGACGGUCGUAACUGCGCUCAGAGUUUCAUGGGUGGAUGGUGGUAUACCAACUGUUAUCAAACAAAUCUUAACGGAGUUUGGAAUAUAAAUGACAAUACAGGGAUGUUUUGGGGCGGCUAUGUCAAAUCAGUUGAAAUGAAACUACGCACAUUUUAAUAUCAAGAAUAAUUUAGAGAAAAAUAAAUAGAUUCUCAACAAUAGCUUCAGAAAUUCCUGCUAUAAUACUGCAUUCGAAAUAGGUAUGACUCGUGGGAUUUUGUUAAAGUACAAAAGGAUUAAAGUGAUUUGUCUGUAAAAAAAUUAAUAUGACAUUUUAUUCACUUUGCAUGUAGACAAUUCAACAUUUUAACUAUUGAUCGUUUAUUUUACGUGUAUAAGUAUAACGGUUGAUUUUAGCUUAGACACACAAAAAACGUUAAAAAGCAUGCGAAGUAUGCUUUCUUGACAUUUUUAUCACAUUUUUACUUUAUUAUUUAAAAUUAUUGAUCUAUAGGCUACAUUUAAUAGUUCUUAGUAGCUUUAAAAUGAUAUA